AUGGCCCGAAUCAAAUUUACUGGGCCUGUGUCGACGGUCCAACUACAGCCAACGCCUAUUCUCCAAGGCCUCGUGUCGAAAGGUGACGUCUCUGCUCAAACCGAGAGUCAGGCCGACGUGGAGAAUAUCUCGAGAUCGAUAGUUGAAGAAAGCACAUCCUUGAAACAGCAGCAAAGCCUUGAAUUGGUACAAAUUAUGCUGCACGUCUCGUUUAUCCUCGCCUUUUCCCAUAUGACAGACGUCCUGAUAUGUGCUUCCCAAAGCGAGUUUCUGCCGCUCUCAUGCUUCAACGAUCGAGACCUGAAAGAGGCCCAGAGGGAAAAUACUUUAUCAUACCGGGAAUUUAUAGAUGGAAAACCGCGCCCCGGAGGAACCGGAGCUCUUUCACAAGUCGCGUUCGGGACAGGGAGGAGGGGACAACCACUGAAGAUCAUCGUCCGUGAUUCCGACCCCAAAGCUAAUAUGAUACUCGAUGUCCUGGAAAACGGCAUAUUCGAUGCACUCAAGAAAAAUGUCCUAGGUGCCAUUCAAUUUACCAUUCUUGUUGACAAAGAUAAGCCAGAAAAUGUCUUGGAGUCCUAUACUUUCACUUUCAAAUACUCGAGAGGUUCUGGUGGUGUGAACAGUCGUCUGGAGAGUUUGUCAAUCAACCCUGUGGGCUGUGUUGCUGAUUUGAAGUCCGCCCAAACGGCCAGAGUCGGCCUUGAGACGAUAAUCCGGAGACUGAUAACACUCAGUACCUUCCUACCAAACCUUCCAAACAAAAGGAAUCUGGGGAUCCACUUAUUCUAUACCGAUGAUUGUCCCCCCGAGUACGAGCCUCCCGGUUUCACCGGCGCGAUGAAUGACACGAUCAAAUAUCCGCUUAAUGAGAACUGGAGAAAAGAGACUCAGUCUUGUGGAGCAAUGAAUAGCGGAUGGCAUACGGUGGGACUCAAAGUGACAUCCCUCAAAUGGACGGGACCCGACCCGGAGGGAUCAGAAGUUGUGCCCAAGGUACCCAUGGACCUUGAAUACAGAGACGUGGUGCGCCGAUCUGAGGACAUUGGACUUGCCGAGGAAAGAAUUAUUGAUGACGACUUGAAAAUCCAAUCAGUUCGUUCAACAGACAUGUCUCAGGAAGCAACCCAAGAUAUCACUGAAAGAGAGAAGUUGCAGAUGAUGAUUCCUACCCAGAGGACAUCCCCUCUGCCGGACAGCGAACUCGUUCCAACCCAACCUAUCAAUCCCAGAGCCGCGGUUGACCAUGCCAGUAAGGGAGACGCGCAUACAGGCCACGGGACUAUACUAUCACAGAAAAAGGUUGCCGAAAUCCAGACUCACGUCCGGCCACGAGAUAGUACUCUCAGCGAGGGCAACGAGAAUCAGCAAAGUGUUCGAUGUCAAUGCGGAUGGCAUGGAGAAGAACAGGCAAUGAUUGAGUGUACUUUCUGUCAUUUGCGCCAACAUGCGGCAUGCUAUGGAUUUGACGGCUCGGACGAUCCCAGAAUUCCUGAUGUCCAUGCAUGCUACCAGUGCCUGCUUGAGCCCAAGGAGGUACAGUUACUGUGCGAGAUGACUAGUCUGGUGCUCUUGAGACGAGCCCUCAAGAUCAUUAUGGAGGAAGGCUAUCCGAGUCACACUUCAUUAUUUACUCAAAAGCUCCACUGCAAUGGGCAAACUGUCAUUCAGAUUACUGAUAUACUGAGAAAACAAAACAUCCUUCAGCCGACUCCCGGUUACAAACAAAAGGGGUUCCUGAGAAAAGGCUUGCCUAAAUUCAAGAUUUCGCCCUCAGUAGAAAUUCAGCAGAAGAUGAAGGAAGAAAUACUCAACCCCAUGGCGAAGAUCAGGCAUCAUUAUGUUCUGAAAGCCUCUGCAAGUCCUCUUGAGGCCUCAAAUCCACGCAUAGACCAACUUGACUCCUCGGUAGGGCCCGCUUCUCGCGACCAACCUCUGGUUGUGGGAGCAAAUGUGGGAAAAGACCAGGAAACUCCGAAGCGAGCAGAGUCUCUCGAUAAAUCGCCGGAGGAAAACAGUGCGCGCAAGAGAAAGCAACUGCUGCAAAACAACGAGAAUGAAUACGACUCGGAUGACCUGGACAGGAACAGCAAUCAACCAUCGACGCAGGCACAAGCCAUCGAUACCCACCUCGGCGGAGCUCACGAGUUAAGAGACACUCCCGUUGAUAACUCAAUGACUUUUCAGAAGCAGGCAGCAGAUAGCCCAUCGAGUAGCGAGGGCGCACUUCGACGUAGCAGCAGGAAAAGACGCAAAAUCAGCAAUUACUCCCGGCUGAUUGAUAUUGGCGCUGCAACGAGCGAGGACGAACGGUUGCUUUGA